AUGUCAGGGACUGCAAAUGCGGAAUCGGAGGGAGUCUCCAAAGUUCAAAUAAAACGGCAGAUCAAGACAGUGGUGAAAGAUUUGGAGAACAUCUUGGGGGACCUGAAGGAUGUAGCGAAAGAACUCAAAGAGGUGGUUGAUGAGAUAGACUGCCUGACCUCAGACCUCAAGCUGGGGGAGGAGAAUGGAGAUUGUUUUAAAACUGACACACUCAACAGCAGCUCGAGCAGCACCACGACCACCACCACCGCCUCCAGCAUCGAACGAAUCAAGAUUUACCCCGAAGACACGUUUCUCCGACCUCCGCUUUUGGCCUCUGGCAUGCUCACGAUGCUAAAGAGGACCUAUCCCGCUCUACCACCCCCUCGUCUGACGCCAGCCCUAGUCGAGGACCACAGCGAGAGCCUGUCUUCUCGGAACCAAGCCAUGGCUAAUAGAACGCUCAUGCGCAACGGUGUGUUUUCUUCACAGCCCGUUAACAUACCUGGUAGAGAUACAGCAUGCAUGGGAAAAAGCACAACAGAGAAAGGACUGGCGCUGGUACCCCUUCUUAGGCAUGAAAAAAGUCGGUGUCCCCAGGUGACACGGGAGAGGGUACGGUUCAGCGAAAAGGUCCAGUAUCACGGAUACUGCCCAGACUGUGACCUACAGUAUGAUAUGGAAAACACAGAUAUGCACUUACACACCGAACUUAUCAACACUAGACUGAGCCCCGUGCAUCAGUGCCCUUCCAUGGCAUCGCCCCGUAUGCUAAUGGAAAACGGCGGUCUGAGUCUAAGUCGUAGCUUUCCACCUUCCACUCCGCCUUGUGUGCCUCAUCGCUUGACUCAAAAACCACAGAAAACCAUACUCCGCAAGUCUACCACCACAACUGUUUGAUAACGGAGUUGCUU